AUGCCUCCAGUCACCUCAAAAAGCAGCCCAGAGCUCAGGAUAGUUCUUAAAAAAGCGACCCCCUUCAUACGUGGCGAGGCAGUCUGUGGCCAUGUGCUCGGAACAUCGCCGUUUGGUCACCAGUAUGCCGCCGUUUGCGUUCGUCUCUACGGACGGACCGAGGUGAACGUGCAUAGCGGGGGUAUGACACAUCAAACACUUCGCAGUCGUUUCAAGCUCUUCGAGAUCGCCAGCGAGGCCCUCGAGAUCCAUCAAGACUCUCUCCAGACCUCGUCCAAUGGCCCCGAGGAUGGGAAAUGGCCGUUCACUAUUCAACUUCCCAAGCAUCCCAACCUAGCAUCCUUGAGAUGGAAAAACGAGUAUGAGAGGAGCUAUUUACCUCUUAGCGACGCCUCAUCACAAGCGCUUCCCCCGACCUUCUGGGCCAAGGGUCGACAUACCGAAGGAUUUGUGGAGUAUUACCUGGAGGCGACGAUGCGCAGCAGCAGCAGCAAAAAGCACAAGUACUCAUGGACUGGCAAGAAGUACACAACAUUCCAAGCUAUUCAAACAAUCUGUGUGCAAUCAAACUUGUCAUCGAAUCCAAUAAUGGAAUUCAACAUUAAGCAUCAUUCUGUGGGGAGGCAAAGAAUAGCUUCUCAACGCCUAGUCACAGGCAUGGACUCGAGACUUUCUGUCGGGCAAAAAAUCAAGAAAAUCCUAGGUUCCUCUCAAUUGCCGGUCUAUUCGUUCUCUCUCCAGUUCGACUUUGCCACCGAACUACAGAUUGGAAACCCCAAGACGAUUCCUUUACGUUUGAAAGCAAGCACGGUUUUGAAGGAUACAAGCGAACUCAUAAAAACAAUGCUGCCAACAAUUUUAGUCAAGCAAUUCACCCUGACUUUGUUAUCGACAACACACUGCAAUUGCAAGCGCCUCAGAUUUGAUUCAGAUGGAAUACCGGUGAAGUCUUCUCUCAUAUUGGCGGAUUAUCUCUGGAAGCGUGGUCAUAAGAGAGCCACGGAUGUCAAUGAAACACUGCCGGAUGCUCAGUCAGAUGCAGCUUCAAUCGCAGAUACGAUCAUUGUUCCUCGAGAUAGUACGUCUGUUCUCGAUCUAGGCAUUGUGCUAGGAAUACGAACACCGAUAAGCUCUCGGGGGACCAAGACAAACCCAACAUUCACGACAUAUAACAUCAAGAGCGAGAAUCACAUUGAGUGGCAGCUGAAACUCGCAAUCGCUGGGGAAAUUGCGAGGGUCCCGCAGCCAUUCCCGGACACGCCUUCUAAUGUAUUGGAGCAGUUCCCAAUGGCCGGGAAGGUGGUGGUUGUUACGGGGGCUGCCGAUGGACUGGGCUAUGCGGUAACACAGGCUAUGGCUGAAGAUGGUGCUCAUGUUGCUCUGUGGUAUAACUCAAAUGAAGUCGCUAUUGAAAGAGCGCAGGCCCUAGCAAAGGAGUAUAGUAUCAAGGCUUCCGGUUACCAGGUCGACGUUUCCGAAUUGACCCAAGCCUCGGAGACCAUUUUCACAGUCGUGGAAGACUUUGACAAGAUUGAUGUGUUCAUUGCUAUUGCCGGCACGAUCUCCAAGCCUAUUUUGGAGCAGACGCUGGAUGAGUACCGGAAGCCAAUCUCUGUGAAUAUCGAUGGCAUUGUUAAUUGUGCCAAAUAUGCCGGUGAGGUAUUUGCACGACAGGGUCAUGGCAGCCUCAUCAUCACCUCGAGUAUGAGCGUACAUAUUGUCAAUGUGCCUACUGAUCCGCCCGUCUACAAUGCGACCAAAGCGUACGUUACUCACUUUGGUAAAUCACUCGCUCGUGAGCGGCGUGAUUUCGCGCGAGUGAACAUUGUCUCUCCUGGCUUCUUUGACACAAAGAUGGGAGCUGGCCCUCCAGGAGGCAUGUCGCAUGUCGUCACUUGGAAGACAGGGCCAUGUCAAGGAAAUUAA